AUGCUGAAUGGAGAACAGCAAUCAAACUCCGGUGAGGAUGGGGAUGGAGGCACAGUGGAUGAUAAUGGUGUGGAAGAUGAGUGCAAUGAUGAUGAAGAUCCACUAGGAAUGGCCUUACCACCUGGGAGAAAGAAAACCCUCGCAAACCUUUUACAAGCAAAUAGCCAACUGACUGGAUCUCGGGAUCGCAAAGCUAUAUUACCUCGUUCUAUUGGGACGCACCUUCAACUCGAGCCAGAGAUUCCACCUGAUGUCAAUGGUAAAUCACAACAAUCCAAGUCUGCCUUUGCAACUCAUAGGGAGGUGAGAAAUUGGAAUCUGGUAAGCAACAGGCGAUUUCCACGUCCGAUUGCUCCACGCCCCUUAGUGGCAUACACUGGGAGGAGGAGGCUUCAGGAUGACCGCAAAUUUGACGACUAUGAAGAUGGACCUAUGAUUGAGAUGUUGUCAACUUCAAGGGAUAUCUCUCAGACGAUGACAGUUCAAGCUGGAGGAUUGAAGAUCUCCACAGCUUGGGUAGACUGGGUUGAUCAUGGGUACCGCAUCACCCCAGGUUCAUUCCACAUAUUCUAUCAAUGCGAUCCUAUAGUCACUAUGGACCACGUCAUGCCUAUCGGUACAACCAACUCCUAUGAUUCUGCAAAUCAGGUUCCAGAUCACGUCACAGGUGCAUAUAGCCUUGCCAGGCAAGGGUCAGCUCAAGUAGGAGGCCAGGACAUGGAGAUCACAGACGUGGAAAUCAUGUCUGCCUCUGAACUCAUUGACUCUGCGCAACACGAUCCACCACUGUAG